CAAUAAUCCCGCUGUGUGGGCCUCAGUUCACGUUAGACUUGUAGGAACUGCGAGUUUACGGACAGGCAGAUCCCUUUGCUCGGGUCAUCAAAGCACACAAAGGGACACCUCAGCUUGAGUCUGUAUUGUGUCCAGACCUUACACCUGGAGGUUUAUCAGUGCGCACUCUUGAGUGUUGACCAUGGAGGCGGAGAAUGAUCCCAUGGAGGGUGAGGCGCAAGAGGAGGAGACUACUGCUAGUAGUACAGAGAACAGAAAUGGUAAACGUCAAGCAGAAGAUGCUGAGGAGCAGCAGUCAUCGAAGCGCCCCAGAAGCUCAGAAGACACGGUGGAGCUGCGAAUACUGCUGCAGAGCAAGAAUGCCGGAGCUGUGAUUGGAAAGGGAGGGAAAAACAUCAAAGCCCUUCGAACAGAUUACAAUGCCAGUGUGUCAGUUCCAGACAGCAGCGGGCCCGAGCGUAUCCUGAGCAUCAGUGCAGACAUCCCCACCGUAGGAGAGAUCCUGCUGAAGAUUAUCCCCACGCUGGAAGAGUACCAGCACCAUAAGGGCAUGGACUUUGACUGUGAGCUGCGGCUGCUGAUCCACCAGAGCCUGGCAGGAAGCAUCAUCGGGGUGAAGGGAGCCAAGAUUAAAGAGCUCAGAGAGAGCACCCAGACCACCAUUAAGCUGUUCCAGGAGUGUUGUCCCCAGUCCAGCGACCGGGUGGUGUUGGUGGGCGGAAAAGCUGAGCGCGUGGUUGAGUGCAUCCGCAUCAUGCUGGAGCUCAUCGCUGAGGCUCCCAUAAAGGGCCGUGCCCAGCCGUACGACCCCAACUUCUAUGACGAGUCGUACGACUACGGCGGCUUCACCAUGCCGUUUGAGGAGCGCGGGGGCGGAGGCCGCCGGCCCAUGGGCGGCGGCUUUACCCCCAGGGGAGGUCGCGGUGGAGGCGGAGGCUUCGACCGCAUGCCCCCCGGCGGCCGUGGAGGUCACUCCAUGCCCCCGUCCCGCCGGGACUACGAGGACAUGAGCCCGCGGCGCGGACCCCCACCCAUGCCGCCGGGCCGCGGUGGACGAGGGGGCGGACGAGGCCGCAGCUCACACAUGGGCCCCCCCCACCACAGGAGAGGAGAUGACCACUAUUCCUACGACUCUCCUCGUGGAAACCACGACGACCGACCGAAGAGUGACAGAAGGGGACGUCCUGCUGAUCGCUAUGGAGGCGACAGUAUGAAUGAUCGGGGUUACAACAACAACUCCUCCUGGGAUCCCUAUCAGUCUGGUGGUGGAAGAAGUUCCUACAGUGAGAUGGGAGGCCCAGUCGUUACCACACAAGUGACAAUCCCCAAGGAUCUUGCUGGCUCCAUCAUCGGUAAAGGAGGCCAACGCAUCAAACAGAUCCGCCACGAGUCAGGUGCAUCCAUCAAGAUUGAUGAGCCCCUCCCUGGCUCCGACGACCGCAUCAUCACCAUCACCGGCACGCAGGACCAGAUCCAGAACGCACAGUAUCUGCUACAGAACAGUGCGCUACACCUCCUCGGACAGAACUAGCCUUGACCUCUCUGGACGGUCCAGACGUUCCUCUCUCCAUCUCUCAUUAUUCUCUCUCUCUUUCUCUCUCUGUCUCUCUCUCUCUCUCGCUCUCUCUCUCUUUCUAAUGUGUUUUUGGCAGGAGGUAGAUUGACUGUUGCACUCCUGCCCUCCCCUCCUGGUGGGUGGAUUUUUUUUUUUUUUUUUUUCCUUUUUUGGUAUUUUAUUUUUUUAAUCAUUUAAGGGCCAAUUUUAUGUUUGCUCAAGACAGAAGCCCUCCUUGUGUGCGUGUGUGUGCUUUUUUUUUUUCUUUUUCUUUCAUUUAUUUUUCCACACCGCCCUGCAGGCUGUGUGUGUGCGUGCAUGCUUGUGUGCGCGCGUAUGUCAGAGAGAGAGAUACAGCCAUGUUUUCCGAUGCAGUUCUGAUUGUUUAAUGACUUUGGUGUACGGCAGAUUCCGUGUAAAUAUAACCUGAUUUCAUGAUUUCUGUAAUGUUACAUGGUGACCUGUAUCCUCAGAUUUUGUCUAGUCUGUAUGUUCUGAGAUGUAUGUGUGUGCGUGCGUGUGUUGUGAAACUGGUGUCUUUUAAAUCCGAUAUGUGUGUGUAUGUGUGUCGGUCAACUCUGGGCUACCUCCAACCCUCCACUCCCUCCAGUCUCAGAAUCUGUGUGUGUGUGUGUGUGUGUAUGUGUAUGUAUACAUGUGUGUGUGCGUGUGUGUUUUUAUACUGGUGGCAGCAGCACAAACGCGUCCAGUCGGGUUUAUGGGCAGUGUGAACUUUUAUGUUUUUGGUUUGUUUGUUUUUGUUUUGUUCUUUUCUUUUUUUUGAGUUUUUUUUUUUUUUCCAUUUCAAUUUGUCCUGGCGUGAUAUGCCUCUCCCCAAAAAGAGCUGUAGAAUUUGCUAUUAGACACACAAUAAAGAUGAUGCCACUUUU